GCUCAGGCCCUUCAUCAGGGAGGAUGUACAGCCAGGUGGAGCAUCCUGCUGGAGGCUACAAGAAGCUCUUUGAGACAGUGGAGGAGCUGUCCUCUCCAGUGACUGCCCAUGUCACAGGCAGGAUUCCCACCUGGCUGAGAGGAAGCCUCCUGAGAUGUGGUCCUGGCUUGUUUGAGGUGGGCUCAGAGCCCUUCUACCACCUCUUUGAUGGCCAGGCACUGCUCCACAAGUUCGACUUCAAGGAGGGGCAUGUCACCUACCACCGAAGGUUUGUCCGCACUGACGCCUACGUGCGAGCCAUGACGGAGAAGAGGAUCGUGAUAACGGAGUUUGGCACCUACGCCUACCCAGACCCCUGCAAGAACAUCUUCUCCAGGUUUUUCUCCUACUUCAAAGGUGUGGAGGUGACGGAUAACGCCCUGGUGAAUGUCUACCCUGUGGGUGAGGAUUACUAUGCCUGUACUGAGACCAACUUCAUCACCAGGAUUAACCCAGACACCCUGGAGACCAUCAAGCAGGUGGAUCUCUGUAAAUAUGUGUCUGUCAAUGGGGCAACAGCUCAUCCCCACAUUGAGAACGAUGGCACCGUUUACAACAUUGGCAAUUGCUUUGGGAAAAACUUUGCCCUGGCCUACAACAUCAUCCGCAUCCCUCCUCUGCAGGCAGACAAGGAAGACCCCAUAAACAAGUCGGAGGUGGUGGUGCAGUUCCCCUGCAGUGACAGGUUUAAGCCCUCCUAUGUCCACAGCUUUGGGCUGACCCCAAACUACAUUGUGUUUGUGGAGACACCAGUGAAAAUCAACCUCCUCAAGUUCCUCUCCUCCUGGAGCCUUUGGGGAGCCAACUACAUGGACUGCUUCGAGUCCAACGAAACCAUGGGGGUAUGGCUUCACGUGGCAGAGAAGAAGAAAGGCAGGCUCCUCAACCUCAAGUACCGCACCUCGGCCUUCAACCUCUUCCACCACAUCAACACUUACGAGGACAACGGGUUCCUGAUCGUGGACCUGUGCACCUGGAAGGGGUUUGAGUUUGUCUACAACUACCUGUACCUGGCCAACCUUCGGGCCAACUGGGACGAGGUGAAGCGGCAGGCGGAGAAGGCGCCGCAGCCCGAGGCCCGCAGAUACGUCCUGCCCCUGAGCAUCGACAAGGCUGACACAGGGAAGAACCUGGUCACCCUGCCCUACACGACAGCCACAGCGACGCUGCGCAGUGACGAGACCAUCUGGCUGGAGCCAGAGGUGAUUUUCUCAGGGCCACGGCACGCCUUUGAAUUCCCCCAGAUCAACUACAGGAAGUACGGAGGGAAGCCGUACACGUACACCUACGGGCUAGGGCUGAACCACUUUGUCCCAGACAGGCUUUGCAAGCUGAACGUGAAAACCAAGGAGACCUGGGUGUGGCAGGAGCCAGAUGCGUACCCAUCAGAGCCGAUCUUCGUUUCCCACCCGGAUGCACUGGAGGAAGAUGAUGGGGUGGUGCUGAGCAUCGUGAUCAGCCCGGGGGCGGGGCCCAAGCCCGCCUUCCUCCUCAUCCUCAACGCCAAAGACAUGAGCGAGGUGGCCAGGGCCGAGGUGGAGGUGAACAUUCCCGUGACAUUCCAUGGGCUCUUCAAGAGAGCGUGAGCACAAACAGCGACACCUGGCCCGGGCUUCUUCCAGCUCCCAAAAGGUGCAGUCUCCGUUUACAGGUGACCAAAACUCCUUCCACAGCCCUUUGCAUUUGUGGGGCUGCUUAACUCAGAUCAAGCAGUUCAGUCUUGUCAAUGAUUCUUCAA